AUGUCAGCCUUCCGCGUUAACGUGGAUGAUGGAGCUAGUCUUCACGUCCGACUCUUAGAUGCAGACCCAUCAAUCAAGAACAAGCCACUUCUCAUCGCCCUUCAUGGAGCGCCUGGAUUUUCCGAUCACAGAGAACCUGAAAACUCUUUUGGGUUUCUUCAGUCCCAAUACCGCAUUCUGGUCUAUGAUGCACGAGGAAGUGGUAUCAGUGACCUAAAACAGCCCUACACGAACGAACGCUGGAUUGCAGAUGUUGAAGCUUUGCGGUCUGAAAGCCACCCAAUGGCGGGCGCGGAAAAGAUUGUUCUUGCUGGGGGGUCUUAUGGCGGCUUCCUCGCUCUAACCUACGCCCUUGCCUUUCCCAGUCAUUUGUUGUGUCUUAUACUGCGUGACACAUUCGCCUGGGGAAGUCGUGGUAUGAUGAACGUAUUGAAGCAAAUUUUGACUUCUACGCGGCUUAAAGUCAACCCUGAUCGUCAGUUAAGGCUAUGGGCUGGCUACCUGCGUGAUAAGCAAGACUUCGAAGAUGUAUAUACGGAGAUUGCUCCUCUCUAUUCCCCCGACUUACCAGAUGAAGUUGGCGAGACGAUUGAUGGAAAGUACACUUCUUUAAAAUUCGAAGGGGCAAAUAAAAAGCAAGAUGGGAGAAGAUUCCACGCGGCAACGCAGGAUGCAGCCUUUGGUUUCAAUGUGCCCAGAUACGAUGUCCGUGCUGGACUCAAGGACAUCGCAACCCCGACCCUCGUCGUGGUCGGACGUCAUGACCUCAUCACACCGCUUGAAUACAGCAUAGAGUUAAAGAAAGCAUUCUAA